AUGCCUCCCAUCACGAAAUUCUGGCACAGCACUCUGAAGGAUGGUAAAAGUACAAAUACGCCUGAUUUUACUCAAGUCCUCUCCGAGAUCCUUGAAUUAUGCUCAUCCUAUACAAAUCCGGACCCUGUCUCACAACAGAUGCAUGCAUUGUAUCAAGAUGUCAAUGACCCAACCCAACUCCUGAUGAUUACUGGGUAUCCGUCAGAGGAGCUGAACGCCGAGGCGGACAAGGUUUACGCUGAAAAGUACCUCUCUCGGCUCUUUGAGCAUGUCCAUCAUGUUUGGCUCAAACAGUUGGACAUUGAUGUCAGAACGCUACCCCUCAAUGACAAGCUAGUCGUAACAUGUGGGAAAUCACCCUCAGAUUGGAAGAAUAGCAGAUGUCCAGGUGGUUGGGAUGUUUGGAAGAAGACAAGACAAGCAUUGGAUAACGACAAUGAGGCAAAGGGUGUUGAAACGCUCGACAACCCAGAUGACGGGGUUUGGGUUCAGGUUUCAGGAUGGGGCGAAGAUGCCCAACAUAUUGCAACGCCGGAAGAUGGAAACGUGUUUUACCUCCAGAAGGUCAGGGGACACUAG